GGCUCCGACUCCGGCACGAGAGCGGGCGCCCUGCGCUGAGCGUUAACUGGAGGCCAUCCCUUCACACGGACUAAAUCCGCGCGGCGACAUCGGGACGAAAUUGGCCACUGUACAGACGCAACCUCUGAGCCCCGGAGGGGCCGGCACGCCCUCGACUGGCCCGCACUUUGCAGCCCCACGCAGAGACCCUCGAUGAGCCCCAAGCAUUUCCCAGAUUCUUCUCUCCGCUCGCCUGCAGCCACGGCUCCGUGCAUGAGGCCCCGACCGCCCCUGUCUUCUUCCCCGCUCCUCGCCUCCAGAAGCCUCCGGUGCGCUCUCAGAUUACCUGUCCCUGGGAGGUGAGGCUGGCUACUCCUGGGGCUGAGGCCCGCAUGGCCUCGCGAGUGGACUACAACUCCCAUGAGGCGCGGAGGCUGCGCAGGCGCGUCGGGGGGUUCAAACAUGGGCUGGGAUUCCAUUGGCUGAGCAGCACUGAGUCGGGAGCCCUGAUUGGCUGAGGGGCCUGAGGCGACAGAUUCCGGAAAGGGGAAGAGCAGCCAACAUGGCGGCGGAACGCGGCGCGGGCCAGCAACAGUCGCAGGAGAUGAUGGAAGUUGACAGGCGAGUCGAAUCUGAAGAGUCUGGCGAUGAAGAGGGGAAGAAGCAGAGCGGCGGUAUAGUGGCAGACGUCAGCGAGCACAGCCUGAAGGACGGAGAGGAGCAGGGGGAGGAAGACCCAGAAGGUACCAGGCCGAAAGGACAAGAGCUGCCCGUGGAUAUGGAAACCAUUAACCUGGACAGAGAUGCAGAGGACGUUGAUCUGAACCACUACCGCAUUGGGAAAAUCGAGGGAUUUGAGGUGCUGAAGAAAGUAAAGAGUCUCUGCCUCCGUCAAAAUUUAAUUAAAUGCAUUGAAAAUCUGGAGGAGUUACAGAGUCUUCGAGAGCUGGACCUUUAUGACAACCAAAUCAAGAAGAUUGAGAAUCUGGAGGCGCUAACACAGUUGGAGAUUCUAGAUAUUUCUUUUAAUCUGCUGAGGAACAUUGAAGGAGUCGACAAGCUGACACGACUGAAGAAGCUCUUCCUGGUUAACAACAAAAUCAGUAAAAUCGAGAACAUAAGCAGCUUACACCAGCUGCAGAUGCUGGAGCUGGGGUCCAACCGCAUCCGGGCAAUUGAAAAUAUUGACACGUUAACCAGUUUGGAGAGUUUGUUUUUGGGGAAGAACAAGAUCACUAAACUUCAGAACCUGGACGCACUUACCAACCUGACGGUCCUCAGUAUGCAGAGCAACCGGCUGACCAAGAUGGAAGGUCUGCAGAGCCUGGUGAACCUUCGAGAGCUGUACCUGAGCCACAAUGGCAUCGAGGUCAUCGAGGGCCUGGAGAACAAUAACAAACUCACGAUGUUGGACAUUGCAUCAAACAGAAUCAAAAAGAUUGAAAACGUCAGCCAUCUGACAGAGCUACAGGAAUUCUGGAUGAACGACAAUCUCCUUGAGAGCUGGAGCGACCUCGACGAGCUGAAGGCAGCCAAGAGCCUGGAGACGGUGUACCUGGAGCGGAACCCCCUGCAGAAGGACCCCCAGUACAGGCGGAAGAUCAUGCUGGCCCUGCCCACCGUGCGGCAGAUCGACGCCACCUUCGUCCGGUUCUGAGUCCUCCCGGCUCCUCGCCCGGGCCCUCUCUUCACAAGAACUUCCCAGCCACGGUUUUUAUCUGCCCGUUGCUCCUCGAGCCGUCACUCUCAACAGUCACAAACCCAAUGGCAAUAAAAAGGCACUGAGUGAUAA